UGCGGCCGCUGCCGUGCCCGAGCUCACGCCCGCGGCCGCUUUGUUGCUUCUGAACCGCCGGCACCAUGCACACGCCAGGCUCCGCGGGCCCGGGCGACGCGCGUGCGGUUGACAUCAUGGACAUAUGUGAGUCAAUCCUAGAGAGGAAGCGGCAUGACAGUGAAAGGUCUACGUGCAGCAUCUUGGAGCAAACAGACAUCGAAGCAGUUGAGGCUCUGGUUUGCAUGAGCUCCUGGGGUCAAAGAUCCCAGAAAGGUGAUCUAUUAAAGAUAAGACCCCUCACACCUGUCUCUGACUCUGGGGAUGUCACCACCACCAUGCUUAUGGAUACAGCUGCAGCUGAGCUACCAAAGGACUUUCAUUCUUUAUCAACUCUGUGCAUAACUCCUCCUCAGAGCCCUGAUCUCAUGGAGCCAUCGACAGGGACACCUGUUCCUCCCCAAGUAACCGAUUCCAAAGCACACAGGGUCAUGGCCCUCCCGCUAUCUUCAUCGGUGGCAGCCAGAGCACUGAACAAGAGGACUGAGAGGGGCUUGCCAAGUUUGAAGCUCGAGCCCCAGGAACCAGCUCCUGCGCCCAGCUGCAGGGCCUUGGUAACAAGUGUGAUCCGCCACACGGGGGAGAAUCCUGUUCCUGCAUGCUUUCCUCCUGCUCAGAUGCAAGAACAGCGACUGUCCAAUAGCAGAGAAGGAGAAGCACAGUUUCUGGGACAUUUGGAAGCUUUGCAGGAUACACGCCUUGCAGACAGUUUACUCAUUGCUAACGCUGUUUCCUGUCAGCCUUGCUUGCACGGAUCUGGCGGCCUGCUCCCCACCGACAAAGGCCCGCAGGCGGGGUGGCCUGCUGCAGUUCAGCCCUGCUCACCAAAGAAUUUUGAAAAUGACUUGCCAAGGAAAACCACCCCUCUGAUUUCUGUUCCUGUCACCAGUCCCCCUGUCCUGUGCCAAAUGAUCCCUACAACUGGACAGAGUAGCAUGUUCUCUGCAUUUUUGAGACCCCCUCCCCUAUUGUCUGUGGGGACUGUCAAACCCAUCCUGCCUCAGGCUGCACCCAUGCCCCAGCCUGUGUUCAUGGGCCCGCCCAUACCUCAGGGAACUGUGAUGCUGGUGCUGCCGCAGAGCACUCUAGCCCAGCCUGCUACCUGCCCAUCCAGUGUCAUGGCUGUUGGGAACACCAAGUUGUUGCCCCUUGCCCCUGCUCCACUGUUCAUUGCCUCCAGCCAAAACUGUGCCCCUCAGGUAGACUUCUCCCGGAGGAGAAACUAUGUUUGCAGCUUCCCAGGCUGCCGAAAGACCUACUUCAAAAGCUCCCAUCUCAAGGCCCAUCUUCGCACUCAUACAGGGGAGAAGCCUUUCAACUGCAGCUGGGAUGGCUGUGAUAAAAAAUUUGCGCGUUCAGAUGAACUGUCUCGUCACCGCAGAACUCACACAGGGGAGAAGAAGUUCGUGUGCCCUGUGUGUGAACGGCGUUUCAUGCGCAGUGACCACCUGACGAAGCAUGCCCGUCGCCACAUGACCACCAAGAAGAUCCCAGGCUGGCAGACAGAGGUCGGCAAGCUGAACAGAAUCGCCUCGGCGGAGUCUCCUGCCAGCCCCCAUGCGCCCCUGCCUGCCUCUUCCUGAGAGUGGGUGGGCGUCACUGUGAUUCCUUGGGAAUAGCUGAUGGCUUCCUCUAAAAACAAGGCCUCAGAGGCCCAGGAGCUGGUUCCGAUAGUGUGUUAACCCUUCUUUUCUGGUUGGGACCCUGUUCAGUAUCUUUUGUAGUUUGAGAAGUUUCUUUCCUUCUUUGUCUUUCUUUCUUUCUUUUUAAAGGAAAUAGAAGAAAAUUUGAUGAUCCAAAUCACCAGCAUUCAAACAUUUCGGCAAUAAAGUUUACAAAAUCUGGAUUUUUACAACCUUCCUAUUCAUAUUUUGUAGAAAUGAGACAGGGUACUAAUUUUAUACUGUUUUUUAUAAAAAUAUUUAUAUUGUUGGUGCUCCAAUCAUCAGUUUCUAGAUAGAUGAUUUUACCACCUUAUUUUCAGCUUUUAAUAGCGAAGUUUUAUAAUGACUCUGCUUUUGCUUUUAGUAAGCUUCGUACAUUA